UUGGAAGAUUAAUUUGGAAAAUCAAGGAAAUGAAUGAGAAACAGAAAAUGACGCAAGUGAAAAAACGGUCCCAAACCAGAUCUCCAUAGAAAAGAGAGAUAUGGAUAAAACGUGCACUCAUCCUUGUUGAGUUGUAUAAAUUCUUCAUCAUCCACUCCAUCAUCUUCAACAGUGUACCAACUUCAAGAGAGAAACAGACAUGUCAACAGCUGCAUUUUCCAGAGGAGCACACUCCAUGUUUUCCAAGCCCAUGAUUCGGAAGGCCUGCCACAGGAAAAGCACAGGAAAUAGCUCUUAUUCUUCUUCUCCUGAUGGUAUGAGAGAGAUGAGCAAUAAGGUGGAUGGUGAAGAAAUGAAAAUGAAGAAGAAGCAUGUGAGAGAUGAUGGUAGUUGCUGUUGGGUUCCUCAUGAAAGGACUGGGAUCUUUUAUCCUAAGGGCCAAGAGAAAGUCAUGGAAGAUAUUCCUUCUGAAGCUGCAAAGGAUGUUCUUGAUAUUAAUUACUUCUCACAUAAUUAA